UCUUGGUCUUCUGCAUGAAUAUCCAUUAGUCAUUCUGGAGAUGGACUUGCUGUUUGGAACCUACCUCUUGGCAGUCUUAUUAGCCUGCAUUAUAUUCCAAUCUGGCGCACAGGAGAAGAAUUACACAGUGCGGGAAGAACUGCCUGAAAAUGUCCUGAUUGGCAAUUUGCUCAAGGAUCUUAACCUAACACUGGACCCAGACGUGCCCCUUUCCUCCCCGCUUCAGUUCAAGCUUGUGUACAAGACUGGGGAUAUUCCGUUAGUUCGGGUGGAGGAAAACACGGGGGAGAUAUUCACCACCGCAAACCGCAUCGACCGCGAGAAACUCUGCUCUGGCAUCGUGAGUGAGAACCGCUGCUUUUAUGAAGUGGAGGUUGCUGUUUUGCCUGAUGAAGUCUUCAGAUUGGUCAAGAUCAGAUUCCUAAUUGAGGAUAUAAAUGACAAUGCGCCUCUCUUCCCCUCAACAGUUAUUAACAUCUCUAUCCCUGAAAACACAGCGAUUAAUUCUCGCUAUUCUGUUCCAUCUGCCAUUGAUCCUGAUAUUGGUGCCAAUGGUAUUCAGCAUUAUGAGCUCCUUAAGCCCAAAACAACUCCGAAAAGGACCUUUGGAUCCAUUACAAAUGAGCAGGGUCAGAAUGUUUUUGGCCUCGAUAUAAUCGAGACACCUGAGGGAGAUAAGUGGCCUCAACUGAUUGUCCAGCAGAUCCUGGAUAGGGAGCAGAAGGACACGUACGUGAUGAAGAUAAAAGUUGAGGAUGGUGGAACUCCUCCGAGGUCCAGCACUGCCAUUCUGCAAGUCACUGUGACUGAUGUGAACGAUAAUCGACCGGUCUUUAAGGAGAACGACGUGGAAGUUAGUAUUCCAGAAAAUGCUCCAGUGGGUACUUCGGUUUCGCAGCUCCAUGCCACUGAUGCAGACCUUGGCUCAAACGCACAAAUUCACUUCUAUUUCAGCAAUCAGAUCUCCAGUUUGGCUAAAAGGCUCUUUGCCAUUGACAAUGCUACUGGUCUCAUCACCAUAAGAGAACCGCUGGACAGAGAGGAGUCUCCUGUACACAAAUUAACUGUUUUGGCAAGCGAUGGCAGCUCAACCCCGUCAAGAGCAACAGUGACUGUAAAUGUCACAGAUAUUAAUGAUAAUGUCCCCUCAAUAGACACAAGAUACAUCAUCAAUCCAGUGAAUGGGACAGUUCUUUUAUCUGAGAAAGCUCCACUUAAUACAAAAAUUGCACUGAUAACAGUGAUGGACAAGGAUGCUGAUCUAAAUGGCAAAGUUACUUGUUUUACAGAUCAUGAUGUUCCAUUUAGAUUAAAGCCAGUUUUUGAUAAUCAGUUCCUUCUGGAAACAGCCACGUUUCUUGACUAUGAAGCCACACGGGAAUAUGCCAUUAAAAUAGUGGCUUCAGAUUCAGGGAAACCUCCCUUAAAUCAGUCUGCGAUGCUCCUGAUCAAAAUUAAAGAUGAAAAUGACAAUGCCCCAGUUUUUACCCAACCUAUCAUAGGUCUUUCCAUACCUGAAAACAACGCUCCUGGGACGCAGCUGACCAAGAUAAGUGCUACAGAUGCCGACAGCGGACGCAAUGCCGAGAUCAGCUAUAUCCUGGGGUCUGAUGCACCCCCCAUUUUCAACCUCGAUCGCCGCACGGGCAUUUUGACAGCAGUAAGGAAGCUGGACCGGGAGAAGCAGGACAGGUACUCCUUCACUGUGCUGGCCAAGGAUAACGGGAUGCCACCGCUGCAGACCAACGCUACUGUGACAGUGUCAGUCCUGGACCAGAAUGACAACAGCCCUGCUUUCACCCACAAUGAAUAUAACUUUUAUGUGCCGGAGAACUUACCCAUGUAUGGUACAGUGGGGCUUAUCACAGUCACAGAUGCUGACUCUGGUGAGAAUGCUGCAGUAACUCUCUCUAUAUUAAAUGGGAGAGACAAUUUUAUUAUUGAUCCGCUUACUGGUGUAAUAAGACCUAAUAUUACCUUUGAUAGGGAGCAGCAGGGGUCAUACACUUUUCAGGUGAAAGCUGUGGAUGGAGGAAGAGUGCAGCGCUCUUCGACUGCCAAAGUGACCAUCAAUGUAGUUGAUGUGAAUGACAACAGGCCCGUUUUUGUUAUGCCUUCAUCUAAUUAUUCCUAUGAUUUGGUCCCAACAUCGGCCAGCCCUGGGUCUGUAGUCACUAAAGUGUUUGCAGUUGAUAAUGACACGGGAAUGAACGCAGAGCUCCGUUACAGCAUCAUAGGUGGGAACUCAAGGGGCUUGUUUACAAUUGAUCAGUUAACGGGCAAUAUUACUUUGAAGGAGAAAGUAAUUACAGCAGAUCAUGGCUUGCAUAGACUGGUGAUAAAAGUCAAUGACCUAGGACAGCCAGAGUCUCUCUAUACUAUAGCUCUUGUGCAUUUGUUUGUGAAUGAGACGGUCACCAAUAGUUCCUAUGUUCAAGAGCUAGUGCGUAGGAACAUGGAAACUCCGGUUGGCCAGAAUGUUGGGGAUGGUGAGAUAACCCCCCAAACCAAUGAUUAUGUCAAGAUCAUCAUUGCGAUUAUUGCAGGCACAAUGACAGUUAUCCUGGUAAUUUUUGUUACUGCUUUAGUACGGUGCCGCCAGACACCCAGGCACAAGGUUGUGCAAAAAAACAAGCAGAGUGGUGAAUGGGUUUCUCCAAACCAAGAGAACAGGCAGAUCAAGAAGAAAAAGAAGAAGAAGAAGCGCUCACCAAAAAGUCUCCUCCUCAACUUUGUGACAAUUGAAGAAUCGAAGCCUGAUGAUCCUGGCCACGAGCACAUAAAUGGCACUUUAGACAUUCCUGUAGAACUGGAAGAACAGACUAUGGGAAAAUAUAACUGGGCCACGACGCCAACCACGUUUAAGCCCGAUAGCCCAGAUUUAGCAAAGCACUACAAGUCUGCUUCUCCGCAGCCUACCUUCCAAAUUAAACCCGAGACUCCUGUACCCCCUAAGAAGCACCAUGUCAUUCAGGAACUGCCUCUGGAUAACACCUUUGUGGUGGGCUGCGACUCGCUCUCCAAGUGCUCAUCCAGCAGCUCGGACCCUUACAGUGUUUCUGAAUGCAGCUGUCAAGGAGGCUUUAAGACCCCAGGCCCCAUACACACCAGACAGCUCUGAACGUCAUCGCAUCUGAUGUUAGAUACUGAAGUCGUGCGCGUACACAAUGAUGUUAAGCCAGCAAACAUGAAAACAAGGAAAUAGCACGAGAAAGCCCUUUGUCCUGGCUCUGAUUGCCGAAGAAUUUUAUCGUCUCAUCUCCAGAGGGGUUUGGAAGUGACGAUGAACUGUUCAAGCUGCCCUACUGAAAGGUAUCAAGGGCAAAAGUUUUUU